AAGCGGGCUGGAGGCGGAAACCGGAAGCCGGAGGCGACCAUUCGCUCCCCUUCGCUUGGCGGCGGUACCUGCCGAGCAGUCCUGGAGGAAACAGGAGACAGUCGGCUGAAGUCGGUUCUCACGUAAAAAAAUCCGAAUUCUCUGUUCAGUCACUUGAAACUGACAUAGAGCGAACGGAAAGGGGAGUGAGCAGGAAGUUCACUUGGUUCAGCCCAGUUGUCAUGGAGACUCAUAGUAACAACUUUGGUAAACCCCGCCUGGAGGCCAUGGCUACUUUAGCUAAGCUUCAGGCUCGGUCGUCCUUUCUAGAAACUCAGUACUACUUUAGGAACCGUGCCGUUGACGAGUUUAGGAAGAAGGAGAAUGACGCAGCUGUGACAAUCCAGAGCUGGUUUCGUGGAUGCCAAGUCCGGGCGUACAUCAGGCACUUGAACAGGGUAGUGACAAUUAUGCAAAAGUGGUGGAGAAGUUACUUAGGCAGAAAACAUUACCAGCUUAUUGUUGAGGCAGCGUAUUAUAAUAUGAAGAUGAAUCUCUACAAUGAAAUGGCUGUCAGGAUUCAGAGACAAUGGCGUGGCUUUAGGAUCCGGAAGUAUUGCUUUAAUUAUUAUUAUUUGAAGGAAUACUUGAGAGCUGUUUCAGAGACCAAUGAUGCAAUUAGGGAGGCUUUGGAGGAAUUUGCAGAGAUGAAAGAGCGAGAAGAGAGGAAGGCUCGCCUGGAGCGGGAAGAGAAGCAAAGAGAUCAGCAAGCCCGCAAGAUGCAUUACCUGCUCAGCACAAAGCAGGUUCCAGGUAUAUACAAUUCACCUUUCCGAAAACAGCCUGACCCUUGGGAGCUGCGCUUACAGAAGGCAAAGCCAUUAAUGCACCAACCAGCCACUGCAGCCAGGACCAGGUCCCGCCACAGCCUCAGCAGCUGGCUGGCCUGCACCAGUGCCCGCUCCUUCCCGCAUUCGGCAAGUCUGCCACCUAUCGACAGGAAGCGGUGCCAGGGACCCUUCCGAGACAUCAAUGAAGUCCUGCAUCAGCGUUACAAGCCUUUGGAGCCCACCCUGAGGGUGGCAGAGCCCAUCAACCACUUAGAACUGGCCAGAGAGGCACUUAAGCAAGAUGAACAGAUGCGCAACGUGAACAAGAUGUUUUUGCCGUUUUCUUCCUUCCAUAAAAAGGAGAAGUAUAUCCCAAUGAUUCACUCAUCAGACAAGUACAAUCCCAGCUCUUACGGACAGAAGUACUUCCGCAGUCAGGACCCUAAAAAGUGGAUCAGUGGCAAGGAUUUUCAGACUGUUCUACCAUCAUUUGACCUCUUCUCAAAGUAUGGAAAGCUAUAUUCGAAAGCUGGACAAAUUGUGUAAAGUGUGCUGCUGACUUUAGAGAAGAGAAGACGAUGAAAUGAGGAAAUGAGGUGAAGAUGAAGUGAGCACAAACAGAAGAUGCCACUGCCCAGAGGUCCAGGCUCUACCUACAUGGCAGAUGCAGAACCUUGAUCUCAGUUCUUUAACCUCUGUGUGCUCUUGUGAGCAUCUCCUCGCUCCCCCUCACUCCCCCUCACUCCCGCCUUCCUCCCUUACUUCUCUUGCUCUCUUCCUCCUCCCCCCACUCCAGUUCUUUCUCUUGCUCUCACCUUCUCAUGUUCAGAAGAAAAGUUUAAAACCAUUUCUGGUUCAUUAUAAAACUUUCUAGCUUGAAAGGAAAAUACAAAGGAGGCUCUUAUAAGAACUAAUCAGAUUUACUAAUAAGCCAGACUCACUGUGAUCAAUAAACGAUGACACUCACUUUACA